AUGACGUCUCUAAGUUUCAGGUUGAAUCCGGAUGCAAUGGUGAAGUUUCACGAUGCCUUUGCAUGUCUAGCAAAAUUCAGUGACACCAUUGCUCUAGAGGCCGAGCAUGACUUGCUUCGAAUUAAGGCCCUAAACACCACGAAGACGGCAUUUGCCUCUUUGGUGUUCGACAGGGAGGAUUUCUUUGAGGAAUACGACUUUAGCGCACUACUUUCCGUUUUUCGGGGGAAAGUCGACAAAGGGAAAGAAACGGCGAUCGAAGUCUGCUAUGUUGAGCUCUUUGAAGAUGACGAGCAAGAUGAAUGUCGAUUGAAUAUCAGAAUGAUUUGUGCCAUGGGUGUUAUCAAAUCAUAUAAGCUCACAUAUGAGCCUGGUGCGAUUCAGCAUGCCAUAUUCGACCAAACAAAAGCAACGAAUAGGUGGUCUGUCAAUCCCCGGUACUUGAAGCAGAUCAUCGAUCAUUUCAGUGUAUCCGCAGAACAGUUGGAUUUGUAUGGAGAUGAAGAUCAGGCCGUAUUUACGAGCUUCACAACGAAAAUCAUGGAAGGAGACGAAGUUCUCAAAAAUCCGAUUCACACGUCAGUCGCCACCACAAAGUCUGAUUUCUAUGAAUUUUCGGUUGAGGACAAGAUGCACAUCACGAUCACUCUGAAGGACUUCAAAGCAGUGGUAUUGCAUGCUGAAUCGGGUGGGUCCACAAUAACGGCUCGGUAUACCCGGCCCUGCAGGCCAAUACAACUAGCAUACGAGAUAACUGGCAUCAAAGCCGAUUUUAUCCUGAUGACUCGCGGCGAAGCAGAAGAUGUGGAUGGAUCAUCUUCAUCACGUGCGAAGGCCCGAGCUGCAGCUGCGGAGGCCCCUCGACGCAAGACAGUCUAUAAAUCCUCGGUUGCCCGGUCUGCGGCGAACAGGGUUGGCUCAUUCUUUGACAUAGAGCAUAGAGCAAAGAUGCCGCCUCCCCCAGUGCGAGCUAGGCCUCUACGUCCACUUCAUGGGUCUUCGACCUUGGAUCAUCUUUCUCGCAACUCUGCCUCGGAAAUUUUAUCGGCCUCAUCCGUGUCCGAAGUGCCAGAAGUAUCGGAGGCACCAGAGGUACCAGAGCCAAUGGAGUUUGAUAGCCUCUUUGUGACCCAGGAUAAUGAUCAAUGGGAUGAAUUGGUUACAAAUGAAGAGCCGCAAGAUAUUCUUGGGUGGGAUGCAACUGGCCAGGAGCCACUCGAAAGAAUCCUCCGUGACGCGGAGCCAGAUUUUCCAAAACCUGUACGACUUAAUCGACUCAAUCGGACCGCGGAAGACGAGAUGGGCAUUCCGCCAACGCAACGCAUGUCGCAAGUACGCGGCAUGGGUCUCUUCGAUUAG